AUGCAACGUUUCGCGGCCGAUACGACAGAGGGAAUAGUGAAACUUCAACGCCAGACUAGCGAUGGAAUCCUGGCCGCAACCGAUGGCCGGAACAACGCUACGCCUGACAGAAUCAGGCAGAAGGAUAUUAUCGCGGCUGAGGACGGGACCAACAUGAGAUCUUUCCUGAAUCUAGUAGAGCGGGAAUUCAAGAACUCAGUUGUUCCCAUAGAAGAGUGGGGCGAGCUCCUGGGAAAAUACGUGACGGGCAAGGCCUUAGUUUUCGUAGAAUUCCUACAGCAGUCCGGAGUGGACAUGUCUGACUGGCAGGAGGUUCGGAAAAGAUUAUGUGAUAGGUUUUGUUCGCUAACGCGGAAAGAGAUGGUAAAAAUGUUGAAAAAGAACACUUGGACGGGAAACUAUUCUGAGUACAUCACCCGAUUUACAGAUAUAGUAGCUGUAGGGACCCACAUACCACCCGAAGAAUUAGUGCUACGGUUCUUUACGUUAAUACCUCCCGAGAUAGGAGAAAGGAUUUCAGCUGAGGGAACUAGGAAGUUCCGCGACUGGCACGAAGCAGCAGUGGCUUUGAGAGCGUGGGCCGAACCGCUAGAGACGUGGCGUGCUGCUAGGAUAAAAAGCUUGCAGGAAUUUAUGGCGAGCGACCACGAGGAAUCGGGCAUGGAAGGGAGCGUACUUACGAACGGGGAAACAGCCCCACCAGUGAGAAAAGGGGGCCCGGUAGAAGAGGGCAACGUUAGACGGUGCUACGAGUGCACAGGGAAGGGACACUUUGGUAGGGAAUGCCCCCAGAAGAGGGCAACGUUAGACGGUGCUACGAGUGCACAGGGAAGGGACACUUUGGUAGGGAAUGCCCCCUCCGCAACGGCGUGCCGAGGCGCGCGGGCGAAAUAUGCACUAAAUGCGGAGGAAAGGAUCACUACGCGCGAGAGUGCGUCAGGCCACAGAGGACACCAAGCGGGAGACAGGCCGGACGAGACUCAGGAACAGAUAUAG